AUGUCCUUUGGUCGACCGCCCUCCUCCUUUUCGGCCGCCGCAUUCGAAGCUCCAGACAGGGGUUCCUUUCCCUUGGAUCACGAGGGGGAGUGUACGCUGGCAAUGCGAGAGUACAUGAAGUGUAUGAGGAGCAACUCGAACGAUAAUGGUGCUUGCAGGGAGCUGAGCAAGGCGUAUCUGAUGUGCAGGAUGGACAAAGGUCUGAUGGAGAGGGACUCGAUGACCAAUCUGGGUUUCAGAGAGCAAGAAGCGGCAGAAAGGUUGGAAGCG